CGAUCGCUUACCCGUUCGCUGCCUGCAGUGCGGAGAACGCUUUGUCCCUCCACCCGCUUUUUGUAGGAAAAAAAAAGAGGAAAACUGAGGAAAGGAAGCCGUUGGGGAAGAAACAUCGGUUCUACGGCGAAAUUUUCAAACCUUCUUGUCAAGUGUCUUCUUCAGUGCCGUCUGUUAAGAAAAUCGUUGCAACGUGUGUGUGCUCUUCUAUCUGCGGAUUUGGCGCUGCCUUUCUGAUAUAUAUUUAGUACCGUCCCCCUUAACUUGUGGAGUGGUAUAAUCCCGCUGGAUGUUGUGUGGUUCAUUGCCGAGAGAUACCUUCUUACUGAACGCUACUCGAAUGACAGAGGCUGCUCUACCAUCCACACUAGGAACUAAAGCAGGCGUGUUACGUUAGCGUACAUCGUGGCAGAAGCAGAAGAAGAUGGAGACAGGGAACCAGGAAGAAGCACCUAAAGACCCAGGGGCCCUAACAUCCCAUCCUAGCUAUACGGAUAAAGACUUUGAAGGCCAUCGUGCACACACGGUCUAUGUGGGACUCCACGUUCCUGGCUAUCGGCGUAGGGGACACCGCAGACACCACAAGCACCAUCACAAAAAUGGCCGCAAAGACGAUGUCACUGGGGUCUCAGGAGACGCCAACCGUUCAGUGACUCCACCGGCGGAACGAGUGCACUUCAUCCUCGGCGAAGAGGAAGAUGGCCUCCACGAAGCCCAUCCGCUCUUUAGCGAGAUGGAGAUCCUCUACGCAGAGGGUGAUGACGUGGAGUGGAGAGAAGCUGCUAGGUGGAUCAAGUUUGAAGAAGACGUGGAAGAAGGAGGCGACCGAUGGUCUAAACCUCACGUAUCCACCAUUUCUCUACAUUCUCUAAUGGAGCUACGGAGCUUCAUUAUCAAUGGAACUGUCAUGCUCGACAUGGAGGCAACCAGUUUAGAAAACAUUGCAGACCUAGUCCUAGAAAGCAUGGUGAACGGCAACCAGCUAUCAGCUGGUGAACAGUUAGAACGCACAAAGGAGGUGCUGUUACGGCGGCAUCGGCAUCAACACGAGCGACACCGCAUGGACAAGGGUUCAAGGCUGCCCCUCAUCCGUUCACUGGCUGACAUUGGCCGCAACUCCUCCAAGAGCAUGUUUGGUGCACAUGCAGAUGGAUCAUCUUCCUCUCCUUCCUUGCAUCCCAAUCCAUCAUCCCAUUCUCUGGGUCGUCUCUCCAUCCCGGGGGAUCCGGGAGGACAGAGGAGAGCCUCUGACUGGGGAGGCAGGAGGCCUUCUGAUUGGGCCCCAAACUUUAUCAAGAAUUUCUUGAAUGUACCUGGCUCUAGUAACAACACAGAAGGCAUGACCCAAAGCCCCAGUUGCAACUCUCUGCACAUUCAUGCCCCUCAUCCUGCACUAGCUCACAGUGGCUCCACACUUACAGAAACUAUGGGCAAUGCCAGUUCACCCGACCUUCAACACAGGUUGAACCAGGCCUUCAUGAAGAAAAUCCCACCUGGUGCACAAGCCUCAAAUAUUCUAGUUGGGGAAGUAGAGUUUCUAGAACACCCUAUAGCAGCCUUUGUACGACUUGCUUCUGCCGUACCAUUAGGGGAUCUGACUGAGGUUCCUGUGCCAACACGUUUUCUCUUUAUCCUGCUCGGGCCCCUGGGCAACAUGGUGCGAUACCACGAAAUUGGACGUGCCAUCGCGAUUCUUAUGUCAGAUGAGGUCUUCCACGAUGUGGCAUUCAAGGCAAAGAAUCGUGACCACCUGCUGGCUGGAGUGGAUGAAUUUUUGGAUGCUGCAACUGUGCUGCCCCCUGGAGCCUGGGACCCUUCCAUUCGAAUUGAACCCCCACAACACGUACCCUCACAGGAGGGCCGUAAGAAGCAAGAACCAUCUAAAGAACCAGCUUUUUCUCCGGAGGAAGAAGAAGAGAAAGAGCGAGAGGAGAGUGGACUUAAACGAAGUGGAAGGUUAUUUGGCGGCCUAAUUAAUGACGUGAAGCGUAAGGCUCCCUGGUACUGGAGUGACUUCAAGGACGCAUUUGCCCUUCAAUCGGUGGCUUCUGUGUUUUUCCUCUACUUUGCUUGUCUGACUCCAAUCAUCACCUUUGGAGGCCUCCUGGGCUCAGCCACUGAGCAGCGCAUUGCUGCCAUGGAGAGUCUCAUGUCAGGGGCUGUGUGCGGAGUUCUCUAUGGACUCUUCAGUGGUCAACCGCUCACCAUUCUUGGCAGCACAGGACCUGUACUUGUCUUUGAAACCAUUCUCUAUGACUUCUGCAGGGAACACGACAUAGACUACUUGUCUCUACGUCUGUGGAUUGGGCUAUGGACAGCACUCAUCCUACUCAUCCUGGUAGCUUUCGACGCCAGCGCCCUUGUUUGUUAUAUCACACGUUUUACUGAAGAGAAUUUUGCAACACUGAUUUCGCUCAUCUUCAUUUACAAGGCUGUUGAAAGCGUGCUCAAAAUUGGCAGCAAGUAUCCGAUGAACAUGGAUACGGACCUGAAAGUGGAGUGCUGGUGUGAAGCACCUAAUGCAACGACGUAUGAAGGAAACUUGACGGCCAUCAACUGGACCUCUCUAAGCACCCACGCAUGCCAUGACCUUGGUGGCAUUGUCCGUGGCAACGGUUGUCAAUACGUGCCAGAUGUAUUCCUCUUCUCUGUGCUCGUCUUUGCAGCAACCUUCACCCUAGCAGUAUUUCUUAAGGAUUUCAAAGUGACUAGCUACUUCCCAACGUCGGUGCGUAUGAUGGUGAGCGACUUUGCAGUCGUUAUUUCCAUCUGUCUGAUGACAACCACCGACAUGCUGGUCGGGCUUCCCACACCCAAACUGGAGGUGCCAGAAAAAUUUGAGCCCACAUGGGAAGGACGCGGUUGGCUGAUUCCAUUCUUUGGGCGCAAUCCUUGGUGGACAAUGCUGGCAGCCGUUGCGCCAGCACUGUUGUGCACCAUCCUCAUCUUCAUGGACCAGCAGAUCACCGCCGUCAUUAUCAACAGAAAAGAAAACAAGCUUAAGAAAGGCUGUGGCUAUCACUUGGACCUUCUUGUACUGGCAAUCCUAAUUGCCGUCUGUUCCAUUCUUGGCCUCCCCUGGUUUGUGGCAGCUACAGUGCUGGCCAUGACACAUGUCAACUCUCUUCGCAUGGAAUCCGAGUGCUCCGCUCCAGGAGAAAAGCCCCAGUUCCUUGGAGUGCGGGAACAAAGACUCACUCAAGUGGCCAUUUUCGUUUUGGUUGGACUCUCCGUAUUUUUCACUCCAGUCUUGAAGCGCAUACCAAUGCCAGUAUUGUAUGGGGUCUUCCUGUACAUGGGAGUAUCAUCCCUUAAAGGGUCCCAGUUUUUCGACCGCAUUCUGAUCAUGUUCAUGCCUCAGAAGUAUCAGCCGGAUUAUAUGUUCCUGCGUCAUGUGCCUACAAUGCGCGUGCAUCUUUUUACGCUCAUCCAACUCACAUGUUUGGUUUGCCUGUGGCUCAUCAAGUCCUACAAACCUUCUUCCAUUGCAUUCCCACUUAUGUUGGUGGUAAUGAUUGGUGUUCGGAAGCUUCUCGACUUCAUCUUCACUCAGCGGGAACUCAAAGUGCUCGACGAUGUCAUGCCUGAGCACACCAAGAAAAAGAGAGAAGAAGAAUUGCAAAAAGAGGAGGCAGAGCAGACAUUUGAAGAAAUAAAGAGCUCACUGCUGCCAAAUGACAGCGCAUCCAACGUCCAGAUUGCUCUGGUCAAUGGCGAUAUCCUCAAGGUGCCCAUUGAGAAGUAUAAAGAAGAGCAGGAGCUGCCCCCCAUCAAUAUUUCGGAACAACUGGCUCUGACGGGGCUCUGGAAGUCCAUCGACCAACAGAACCAGAGCCGGAACCUGCCAGGUUCUGGUGCUGCGGCCGACGGAGGAUCCAGAAAAAAGAAGAGGGGCAGCAAAAAGGAUGCCCUGAAUGAAGAGGAGCGGAAGAGGCUUUCAACCAUGACAGAAGAAGAUGACGAAGAAGACUGCGGAAUCACCAUCCGAAUUGAUGCACCCACACCGGUUCCUUCCAAGCAGCCUUCACCGCAAGAGGCAAAAAAAGCUUUUCCCAAUGGAAACGAAACGUCCGUUUGACACGAGGUGAACCUUUAGUUCCCUUUCUUCUGUUCUACGGGGCUUUAUUUAUUUAUUACCCAAAUUCAUGUCCUACCCACGACAUUCAUCUCCGUCACACCACUAGUUUCAAGUAUGAAAUUUAUACAAAAAUAUAUAAAAGUAUAUUUAAAAGAUAUACUUUUCUUGUGUGUUGGGGGACUUACUUGAUCAUCUGCAGAGAUGAUUGACACUCUUAUUCUGUAGGCACAACUUCCUGGUUGUGCCCAAAAAACAAAGCAAAACAAAAGAAAACAAAAAAUUUGGGACAUGCAAGGGGUUCUAAUUAUAUGGAAUGAAUUUGUCUCUCCAGACAACUGAUGGUCCUUAAUUAGUUUUCUUCUGUGGCUUUCUUAUUUGAGCUUAAACACCCGCUUCACUUUUAUUUGUUGUCCUACAGAUUCAGGCUAAUAUUUGAGUCGUUAAAUAAAGCUCUUACUUUAUUUUAAGUGUGCCACACAUUAUUAUUUGUAUGUCUAAGGCUGCAGUACAGUAUCAAAUAUUAGGACUAUACUUCCUUAACAACAAAUGCGCGUCAAUAAACUUGUGUCUCCUCAUACUUUUCUCUGAGGAGUAUCAAAUUCUUUUAAAAAUUUUUUCUUUGCAGGAUAUCAUUGUUGUCUGGUAAUGUCCUGCCCUCCUCUCCCCCAAUUUAUAGUUAUGUACACUUCUUGGGCACUCAAACAAACUCUCAAACAUCUUGUCACCGAAGCAAGAGUGCGCCCCAUAUUUCUCGGAUAUUCUCUGUCGACAGAGGUCUCGCAUUUUGUCUGAGUAACUCCACUGCUCUGUCACAUUGUGGAAAAACGAAGGACGUCUGAAUCACCAAUGCCAAAUCAUCUCUUGCCGGGUGCCUUUUCUUCGCAGACAUGCAAACAACAGACACACACAGUGUUAUGGCUGUGUCCUCUUUCCAUGCCUUUUGACAUUCUUCGUGAGCGGAUGUUGCGCUAAAACAUGGCCGUCUUCGUGACACAGUUCCAGUUUAUGAGCAGUAGAUGAGACGGAAGGAUUUAUUUAUGCUUUGAUCUCUGCAAAUGUGUUUCAUUCGUCUAAGGACAGUGAGGUGGUGACCAUGUUUUGUUUCUUUCUGUAAAAGAGAUGACCUUUGCUCUGUUGUCUCUAUAAAUACUUUGCCAAUGAUGGUCUCCAAUGGUUGCUUUGACAUGUCCAUGAAAGUGCAUACAACACAAGGUGCGUAGGUCCUAGUAAAGUAAACUGCACUCUCAAUGCACGUUUCAUACACUAGAUGGAUCGUUAAGUAUAGAAACUAGCAGGAAUUGUUCCGAGCGAAUAUAGCUGUGCAAAGAAAUAGCAAAUUCCUCGUAGGUCAUUUGGUGUUGACUGUCAAGGUGCCAUAAUCAAUGUCUUUGCGGUAAACCUUAUAUAAUCUAUAUACAGAGUAGAGGUGCAAUCAUAUUUUCGAGUAAAGAGAAGGUUUCAGGAAGCAUCAGUUGCCACUUGGAAAGCUGCACAUCUGUGUAAUUUUAUGACUUUUUGGCUGCAGGCCAUAUUUUUGUGCCAAGAAAUCAUCGUUUGUAAUUCUAAUCUUGCAGAGCAUCUCUCAUUGGCUGACGAAUAGUUUUAAAAUGCUGUCUGUUUGGAUUAAAUUUUUAAAUGCGAGCCUUACAACUAGGAUUUUUGUUUUUAUUCACAAUUGUCUGUAGUGAUUGUCACCCAAUAUGACUUUCUUGUGACAAUCAUCUUUGGGUGUUUCACCUCCCGUGUGCAUAAUAAAAUACAGCCAAAUGGUGUACUUAAGUUAGUCACUGAAAGAAGUAGUUGAUCACUCACAAACAUCACUUAAGCAUUACAAGUUAAUAGUAAUUCUGCACCAGCCUUAAAGUACUACAAAGACAAAGAUAAUUUUUUCUGUGUUUUGUUAGCAUCCGUGUUACUUUAUCCAUAUGGUGCUGGGUGCUCAUUUGCGGCACUCUCAGAUUGAGCUUUUGUGACAUCAAUUACAAGAACAUUGAAAUGCCUUUACGUGGAUGUACUGGAUGUGUGGAUUCUACUGAUCUUUGGAAGAGAUGUCUCUUCACUGGAAUUAUGAGCGAGACUGUUUUCUCUUUUCUUAGUGAAGAAUGCUCGUCUAUGCAUCUGUGGAAACUUUGCAUCGAGCAGAAACGUUGUUUAUUUGUUGCAGCACUCUUAGGCAACACCAUAUGAUUGGCACAAGAUUCAACAGCACUAAUUAAAGAUAUGUCAUAAACUUCCUUCACAUACAGCAACUUAUUGCAUUAACAUUUCCUAACCUGUUAGCUGGAUUUUCUACCCUGCUAUAUUGAAAAGAGAUGUUUUUUGUGCACUUUGUUUCACGCAAAUGAUUUUUAACCCUGACAGAUGGCACAUGAAAUUUUGCAUUUCAGACACUAUCUGACACACUUCAAUUUUGUAUAACAUUUUAUUGCUCACAAGAAGAAAGUUGUUGGGUUGCUUCGUUGGACCUGUUCCCCAACGGAACACUUCUUUGAAGAAACCUUCUGACACAAUAGUCUAGUCUAGUCGUUAAAAAGCGAGCAGGCUUGUAAAAAUUUGGGAGAUCAUCAUUAUUGCACUCGCGUUGGAGCAGCUUUAGGUUCCAUUGGGUACGUUAAGUAGGUGCCCUGGAGCGCACAUGUUUCAUAGUCCACUCGCUUUAAUGCGACACCCUGGAGUGUCAGACAUCAAGGAGUUUUUCGUGCUCCCAUCUCAAAAGGGUGCACCGAAGCAGACAACAUGCGUGAUCCACUGGGAGCAAGUAGCUGGUGCUGGCAGAAAGGGAGUUCUAAUCUAUUGGAAGGGUACGCUUAGAAGCAAAAUACAGACGUACUAUGUUACCGAAUUCUCUGAUUUCAGGAAACUAUCAUCUUUUUUUAAGACUACCAUUGUACUUUCCUAUUACUGGGCAACUUCCAUAUAGAUGUCUGCAAUCAUUCGCGGGUUGUGCCCACGUCAAGCGGUCACAUUCCUCGAAAAUUGCUCCUACAGUAGACUUGGGUUAAUACGACUUCCGCUAAUUGGCUUUUUAGCUUAAUUCGAUGGAAUUAGAAGGUCCCGUCAAAUAUCCAUAUGUUUCAAAUGAUACAGAAGUUUCCACAUGCGAGUUUCAAGUGCGAGCGACAGCAGACGAUCGCACAAAAGUGACAUUGACCUCAUUCCUUUUCUGCCUAUUCUUUAAUUCGACCCUCGGAUAAUUGCAUCAAAUAUCCUUCGUUCCCGUCAGGGUCCAAUUAACGCACGUUUACUGUAUUACAAAUUUCCAUAGUUUGCGAGAAAAUGUUCUAAAAACUGCUGUCGUCCAAACAAAGCCGGUCUGAGAACAGGAAGUGGUAUCACCGAGAAACAAGUGUAAUGCUCCAACUGUGGGUGUCUCAUACUCCCAGUGGCGUAUCUAGGGUGUGGCAGGUGUGGACAGGUGAACAGGGGCGCCAUUAUGUGGUCGGGUGUGAAUGUGCCAGAUCGGGCACUCAGCCUGGCACAUUCGUACAUUAUCUAAAGCACCCGCUAUUAGGGAGGUUGUAGUGUGAAACCUAGUGCGGACCACAUGAAAACGCAUCCCCAAGGACAUCAUGUUAACCAUGUUGCCAUGGGCGCAGGUAGCUCUAGAUACGCCACUGCAUACUCCUCAUGUGGGUGCACCACAAGAGGGGCGCCUACUUAACGCACCCAUUGCUAACAUGUGUAUAGAGCUGAAAUAACAAAGGCCCUACCUGUAGGGGGGAAAGCAAAUUCAUCUCGUGGUGCAGUGAGGCUGGUUCACUUGCAUGUCUUUGCGUGGACAGUUUCUCGCAUUGUGAGCAUGUACAUAGCAUAUUUUGAAGCUCGCGUUUGCUUCCACCAUAUCUACUGAGCAGCUGUAUUUAGACUUCCAUUGUAACCCUUAGCAACAGUAUGUAUAAACUGUACAGAAGUUAUGAGUGCAAGAGAAUGGUGUAUCAGAGCACAGGAAACGAUCAAGGGUUGUCCUGUGCCACUUUGCAGUCUGUUUCAUGUGAUGGCACAGUAUGGUGGGCAAGCCGAUCAACAUGCUGUACAUAGUCAGUGUGGUGUUUAGCGGUAACCGUUGUAGAAUUAUUUGCUCAGAAUUAGGUACACCCAGCAGAGGUAAGAAAAGGUGCCUCCUACCCAAAGGCACUCCUUGUUGUUUCUCCUGUGUUGAGGGAAAAGUAUGUAAAUGCAAUAACAGUUGUGGAGUUGCACUCAAUCCUUGUAAAUUUUUUUUCUUAGAAACCAUGUAGAUUUUUUUUAGAUUUUGAAAAUAAAAAAAAAGUAUAAUUUUCA